CUCUCGCUCUCAUUGAAUCAUUCACCAUUUAGAAUUUAAACGUUAAACGUUUCAACUCUUUGUUUUUGUGUUCAAACAAUAAACUUCUUUCAAAAGUAGAAGUAAAAAGAAUCAACUGAUAAUUAUAAAUAGAAUAAAUGAUCCAAAAUGAAUGAUAUAAUCUUAUUUUUGUUUGCAACAAUUCUUUUAUGGGAGUCAAGUUGUUCACCAAAAACUGGAGAUAAAAAGGAGCUUUCUUUAAAAGAUCACCAAACAACUUCAACUAUAAAACAGGAUAAAUUUAUUUCACCGACAAGAUCUUGUAACAAAAAAAAAAUGGAUUACUUCAAACGACAAAAAAUUAAAUUUCGCUCAAUGUUUGAGAAGAAAAGUAAGGCAAAGAAAAAAAUCGAGGCGAAACAUUUAAUGAAAACUUUAAAAGAGAUUAAUUCGUUUUUAAAAGGAUGUAAAAUGAAGCUAAAAAAGAACAAGAUCCAAAAAAGUAAUUUUUUUGAUAAUAAUCAAAAAACGAAUUUAAUUAAUUAUGCCAAUUUGAUGAAUAUCAAAUCGACGACUUUACCUCCGUUUAAAAAUAUCACUUUGAAGAAAAUUAUAAAGGAAUUCAACGCCAUCAACAACGAAAUUCAAGAAAUUAUUCCACAAAAAGCCGAUUUUUAUAAAAAAAAAUUAAUCGACGAAAAAUAUUUUAAAACUAAUCGGUGCAAAUUAAAAAAAGGAGGGUGUGAUCAUAAAUGUCAUCAUUUUGGAAUGAAACCGUGUUCUUGCAUGAAAGGAUUUCGAUUAGUUAAUCGUAAAAAAUGUGUAGAUAUCAAUGAAUGUUUAACAAAUAAUGGAAACUGUGAAAUAUUUUGUCACAACCUUCCAAGUUCUUAUUAUUGCUCGUGUAAAAAUGGAUUUCAAUUAUCAUCAAAUCAAAAAACUUGCAUUGAUAUAAACGAGUGUUUAUUAAGAAAUAAUCAUGGACCAUGUCAAGAUUCAUGCGAAAACACUCCCGGUUCGUAUAAAUGUUCAUGUAAAAAUUUAAAUGGAACUAAACUGGCUGAAGAUAAACAUUCGUGCGAAGACAUCGAUGAGUGUUUAAAUAAUUUUGGUUGUUCGCAUGAUUGUAUCAACACUUUAGGACGUGCCUAUUGUUUAUGUCCUGAUGGAAUGGUUUUAGGUCCAGACUGGAAAACUUGUUUUGAUUUAGACGAAUGUGAAAAUGAGGAGAUUAAAAAAAGCUGUCGGUAUGGCUGUAUUAACACUUUGGGGUCAUAUCGUUGCGCUAAUAAUUAUGAGUUACAAAACGAUGAAAUGAUCGUUGAUGAUUUGGUGGUUUGUCCGAAAUUAUUGCCGCCGAAAUUAGGUUUCUUGCAGUGUAGUAGGGAAAAGAGUUUGGAGGUUAAUUUAAGAUCGAAAAGUGGUAGGAAGCGGGUCACUAAUAGACCGGGAACAUUUUGUCAGUUAAUUUGUCCAGAUGGGUUUAAAAUUGAUGGUAUGUUUAAAAUUACCUGUGGAUAUGACGGGGUAUGGUUCGGUGAACAAUCUGGAUAUUGCAACAAAGAUUAUAUGUAAUUAGUAGAUUCAAAAGUAUUUAAUGUUGAUUUUUAAUAAAACUAAUAUAUUUUUUACUUUAUUA